AGUAUACCCUACCAGCGAUGUAACUGAAUAUUUUUUUCUGCAGUGCUUUUCUGCCGGGCAAUUCAAGAUGGCCAGGAACUGCUCGGAGUGCAAGGAGAAGAGGGCAGCACACAUCCUCUGCACCUACUGCAACCGCUGGCUGUGCAGCUCCUGCACCGAAGAGCACCGGCAUGGCCCUGCCCCCGGGGGGCCUCCCUUUCCCCGGGCCCAGAAGGGAGCUCCAGGAGUGAAUGGUGGUGGUUCUGGGGACUUCGCCUUGUACUGUCCUCUACACACACAGGAAGUGCUCAAGCUAUUCUGCGAGACCUGUGAUGUGCUCACAUGCCAUCGCUGCCUCAUGGUAGAACACAAAGAACACAGGUGCAGACAUCUUGAAGAAGUUCUGCAAAAUCAGAGGAUGCUUCUGGAAAGUGUGACUACACAGGUGGCUCAUAAGAAAUCUACUUUACAGACGUCUGCAAAGCAAAUUGAGGACAGGAUUUUUGAGGUGAAGCAUCAGCACAGGAAGGUGGAAAACCAGAUCAAAAUGGCCAAGAUGGUUCUGAUGAAUGAGCUGAACAAACAGGCCAACGGGCUCAUAGAAGAGUUGGAGGGCAUUACUAAUGAGAGGAAGCGGAAGCUGGAGCAGCAGUUACAGAGCAUCAUGGUCCUCAACCGUCAGUUUGAGCAUGUGCAGAAUUUCAUCAACUGGGCUGUCUGCAGCAAAACCAGUGUCCCUUUCCUUUUCAGCAAAGAGCUGAUUGUGUUUCAGAUGCAGCGAUUGCUGGAGACAAAUUGUAACACAGAUCCUGGCUCCCCCUGGAGUAUCAGAUUCACUUGGGAGCCUAACUUCUGGACCAAGCAGCUGGCUUCCCUUGGCUGUAUAACUACAGAAGGUGGACAGCUGUCCCGGGCAGAUACCCCUGCUUAUGGAGGUUUACAGGGACCAUCAUCCUUCUAUCAAAGCCACCAGUCCCCUGUGGCUCAGCAGGACACUCUCAGCCACCCCUCACACAAGUUCCAUUCUCCAGCACUGUGUUCCUCGUCUGUGUGCUGCUCUCACUGCUCCCCAGUCUCACCCUCCCUCAAAGGCCAGGCCCCCCCACCCAGCAUACACCCAGCCCACAGCUUUCGGCAGCCCCCUGAGAUAGUGCCCCAACAGCUGGGGUCGCUGCAGUGCCCCACCAUGCUGCCCAGGGAGAAGGAGCUGCCCUGCAACCCUCACCCCCCAAAGCUGAUGCAGCCCUGGCUGGAAACCCAGCCUGCUGUGGAGCCGGAGAACGUAGCCCAGCGCCUGGGGCAUCAGCUGACUUCCCAGCCAGUGUGCAUCGUCCCCCCGCAGGAUGUUCAGCCAGGAGCCCAUGCCCAGCCCACCUUACAGACACCUUCUAUCCAAGUCCAAUUUGGCCACCACCAGAAGCUGAAGCUCAGCCACUUCCAGCAGCAGCCACAGCAGCAGCUGCCACCUCCACCAUCUCUGCCACCUCCGCCCCAACAACAGCCACCCCCACUUCUACCUCCAUCCCAGCAUCUGGCUCCUAGUCAGCAUGAGAGCCCUCCUGGCCCUGCCUGUUCCCAGAAUGUGGACAUAAUGCACCACAAGUUUGAGCUGGAGGAAAUGCAGAAGGACUUGGAGCUUCUCCUUCAGGCUCAACAGCCCAGCCUGCAACUGAGUCAGACCAAGUCACCUCAGCAUCUUCAGCAAACCAUUGUUGGGCAGAUCAACUACAUCGUGAGGCAGCCAGCACCCAUCCAGUCCCAGAGCCAGGAGGACACCGUACAGGCUACAGAUGAGCCCCCAGCAUCUGAAGGCUCAAAGCCAGCUCUCUCUCUUGACAAGAAUACUGCUGCUAACGUGCCCCAGUCAUCUGGGGAAGAAACCCCUCACAGUGUCCCCUCACUGGACAGCACCACCCAGCACUCCUCUACAAAUGUGGUGAGAAAGCACUCCACCUCUGUGAGCAUUAUGGGCUUUUCCAACACGCUGGAAAUGGAGCUGUCAUCUACGAGGCUGGCGAGGGCCCUAGAACCACAGAUCCAGAACAUAAGCAGCGUGACAGCCGGCCCCCCCAAGGCAGUACCAAGCCUGCUGAGUGGCCCCCCACCAACCGUGUCCAGCCUGCUGAGCGGUCAGAACCAGACUGUGUCCAGCCUGGCAGCCAGUCACCUGCAGACAGUGCCCAGCCUUGUGCGUGGCACACCCCAGUCCAUGCCCAACCUGAUGAAUGAUUCCUCCCAGGCCAUCACAAGCCUAGCAAGUGAUUACUCUCAGGCCGGUCCCAGCCUAAUGUCUGGUCCCACCCAGGCCGUGCCAAGUCUAGCAGCUUGUCCUCUGCAGAGCAUGCCUCCGGCUUCUGACGUGCAGCUGGAAACUGGAGCCAGCUGCAGUCCUGGCCCUGGCCGAGCUGCGGGGAGCCUGGGCCCUGGCGAUGGGGCUGACCCCUCUGUGGGGAAUGCCCUGUGCAAGAUGGAAGGGGAGGAUUCCACCCAUUUCACUGACUCUUUGGGACAAGGCCCCACAGCCUCUGGUCUAGAUGUUUCCAAGGACUUGGCUAUCCCCUCAGAACUCGAGGAACCAAUUAACCUCUCUGUGAAAAAGCCACCUGUGGUCUCAGUGGUCAACACGUCCAUGGCUCUGCAGCAGUACCAGAACCCAAAAGAGUAUGGGAAUUUUGAACAAGGAGCCCUAGAGCUGGAUACCAAGGAGAACCAGAUCAUUAGACCCUACAAUAGCAAGCCCAAGAUUCCCUAUGUGCGGCUGGAGCGGCUCAAGAUCUGUGCUGCCUCCUCGGGAGAGAUGCCUGUGUUCAAAUUGAAGCCACAAAAGAAUGAUCAGGAUGGAAGCUUCCUGUUGAUCAUCGAGUGUGGUACUGAGUCCUCCAGCAUGUCCAUUAAGGUCAGUCAGAAAAACCUGCCCGAUACCAUCCAGGCCCCAAGUCUGGGAGGAAGAAAGGUCACUGUGACAUCUCUGGCUGAGCAGCAGUCGCCAGAGGUGGAGGGGGCAUCUCCCGAAGAACACAGACUCAUUCCUCGAGCCGCUGGAGCCAAGAAGGGGCCCCCGGCACCGAUAGAGAAUGAGGACUUCUGUGCUGUGUGCCUCAAUGGGGGAGAGCUGCUGUGCUGUGACCGCUGCCCCAAAGUGUACCACCUUUCCUGCCACUUGCCAGCCUUGCUUAGCUUCCCAGGGGGAGACUGGGUGUGUACCUUGUGCCGCAGCCUGACCAAGCCUGAGAUGGAGUACGACUGCGAGAAUGCCCGCUACACCCAGCCUGGAAUGCGGGCCCCUCCUGGACUGAGCGCGUCUGAUCAGAAGAAGUGCGAGAAGCUGGUACUGUCCUUGUGCUGCAAUAGCCUCAGCCUGCCUUUCCACGAACCUGUCAGCCCGCUGGCCCGGCAUUACUACCAGAUUAUCAAGAGGCCCAUGGACCUGUCAAUCAUCCGGAGGAAGCUGCAAAAGAAGGAUCCGGCUCACUACACCACCCCGGAGGAGGUGGUGUCAGAUGUGCGCCUCAUGUUCUGGAACUGUGCUAAGUUCAAUUAUCCGGACUCCGAGGUCGCAGAGGCCGGCCGCUGCCUGGAAGUGUUCUUUGAGGGCUGGCUGAAAGAGAUCUACCCGGAGAAACAGUUCGCCCAGCCGCGGCAGGAGGACUCAGACUCCGAGGAGGUGUCUAGCGAGAGUGGGUGUUCCACUCCCCAGGGCUUCCCGUGGCCCCCCUACAUGCAGGAGGGCAUCCAACCCAAGAGGCGGCGGCGACACAUGGAGAAUGAAAGAGCAAAAAGAAUGUCUUUCCGCCUGGCCAACAGCAUCUCCCAGGUGUAG